GACGGCCAGCGCGACCGAAAACAACAGCCCCAACACACACGCGCGCCCAAGGAUCCCCGUGCAGCUGCCCGCCCCCGCGCAGCUUCCUAGAAUGACCGCUCAAUAAGACUCGCCGCCCUCACGUCUGCAGUGCAUCGGCCGUGUUUGCCAGUGCGCUUUGUCGAGCACGCCCAAAGCGUCCCCUAGCAACAACAACGCACGCCUUCACCGCGACACGCCCGCCGCCCGCCAUCUCUACCCGCCGCACCCUGACCCACGCCGACGUCGACGUCGCCUUGAUGCCUGCACCGCCGUAGCCACCUGCAUCCCCGCCGACUCUCCCUUUUCUCGCCCUGCCUGCCCACGGCCGCCGUCACCACCGCAACCGUCCGCUCGCCAUGUCGCCGCCUGCCGGGGUCAACGCCCAGCUGCGACAGCUGAUACACUACCACCUGGACAAUGGCUUCCUCGACAACGCCCUGUUCCUCGCCGGCCGCCUGCACGCCCUCGAGCCCCGCAACGCCGACGCCGCCCACCUCCUCGCACUCUGCAACCUGCGCAUGGGGCGGUACAAAGCCGCCUUUGACUACUCCCGCUCCAAGGGGCUGCAGUCGCAACAUCUGGGGUGCGCCUAUGUGUUUGCGCAAGCCUGUCUGGGCCUCGAGCGCUACGACCUGGGUGCCCAGGCGCUGGAGAAAGCCAGAGGGCUCUGGGCCGGCCGAAACCACUGGAACAAGCAUUCCGAGACUUCGAGACGGCACGUGCCUGACGCUGCGGCCUGCUACUGCAUGCUGGGGAAACUCUAUGCGGCGCACGGCGACACGAAAAAGGCCAUUGACUACUACGUCGAGGCGCUGAAGAUCAACUCGUUCAUGUGGGACGCCUUCACCGGGCUCUGCGAUAUCGGCGCCGUGGUGCGUCCUCAAAACGUCUUCAAGAUCACCCCGGACAUGCUCGCUUCGAUAUCGCACACCGUUACGAACGGACACGCGACACAGCCUGCGCCGGCACAAGAAAGCGCCGACACAAGGAAUCCGUUUGUCUCGACUCCCGACAUCGACCCUUUCAAUCCGUCAGUAAGGCCAGGGGGCGAUGUUGGACUCAACCUGGGAGGGUCCAACCUGCUCUCGAAACUGAACGGCAGCAAUCUAGGAACCAACGGCCUCAACGCAAGUUCGACAUAUCGCGACCUGGAAACUCCAAUCGCAAACGGCCAGAACUUUCGGGACGAAGAUGUGAUGAUGGGCGAGGGUGGAGGCCCGGUCAAGAACGAGCAAGGUACUGACGCCAUCCUCGCUCCUGGUCGGAAAGCCCUGCAUGCCUUCAACGGAACAGAGGAUCCACCAAGAAUGCGACCGAUCACGUCAAGGACACGGACGAAGACGGUCUCAGAGAAUACUGAACAAACGGAUAUACCGAGGCCGAUAUACCAAAACGGUCAUAAGAGGACCGUGUCUGGCCAUUCCACACACCAGACUCAGACAUCACAUUCGCAAGCACCAGACCCCACAGCAGCACCACCGCGACGAAGCGUAAGGCUGUUGAACUCCAUCAUUCAGCCUCGACCGUCAAGCAGAAACCUGGCACCCGGCUCAGUGAGAGAUCCAGACGCGAAGGAACGAAGAGAGCUGCGAAAGGUCAAAGCAACGGGGACAAAGGGCAAAACAGGGACCACCUCAACCGUCGGAAGAGUGGUUAGCGGCAACCGGAAACCUUACGGCGAGAUGACAGAAUCGACGAAACAGGAACCGAGGCCAGCGAGCGCAGCUGCUCUGACAGCUGUACCACCAAGGAUGGCACCACCAGCUGAGACUGUCCGCGAACAAGACGCCGUGGAAUGGCUCCUGGAUCUGCUCCUCAGAAUUGGAUCAGGGUACAGGCACCUGAGCCGCUAUGAGUCGACAAAAGCACUCGAGGCGUUUGCUACGGUCCCAGCAGCCCAGCGCGAAACUCCAUGGGUACUCGCGCAAGUUGGCAAGGCCUACUAUGAACGUGCAAUGUACGCCGACGCAGAAAAGAUCUUCCAAAAGAUACGGGAGAAGGCGCCGUCUUACAUGGAGCAUAUGGAGGUGUAUUCGAACACGCUCUGGCAACUGAAAGACGAAGUCGCACUAGGACACCUCGCCCACACGCUGAUGGACCAAGACCGCCUCUCGCCCCAAGCAUGGUGCGCUCUCGGCAAUGCAUCUUCCUUGGACCGACAACAUGACGACGCUGUCAAGUGUUUUGCGCGAGCUACACAACUGGAUCCAAAGUUCGCGUACGCCUUCACACUCCAAGGCCACGAGCACAUGGCAAACGAAGAAUUCGACAAAGCCAUGGCCACAUACCGAAAUGCGAUCGGUGCCGAUAACAGGCACUACAACGGCUGGUAUGGCCUAGGAAAUGUAUACGAACGGAUGGGCAAGUUCGACGUGGCGGAGAAGCACUACCGAGCAGCGAUGCAGAUCAAUCCGAACAACGCCAUGAUCAUGGUUCGGAUUGGAUUGGUCCUCGACCGCAUGAAGAAGCCCGAAGCCGCCCUAAUGCAGUUCGACGCCGCCGUCAAACUCGACCCCCGCUCCAUCAUGGCGCGUUUCCGCAAAGCACAGAUCCUCCUGCGCCUCAACGCGUCGGAAGAAGCCCUCAAAGAACUCCUAUACCUGAAGGACGCUGCGCCCGACGACCCCAACAUCCACUUCCUGCUCGGCAGGUGCUACAAGAAAUUGAGGGAUCGCACAAUGGCCAUCCGACACCUGACGAUUGCGAUGAAUCUCGAUCCGAAGAGCCACGGCGUCAUCAAGGAGGUCAUGGAGAGUAUCGAUCAGGAUGACGACGGGGGGUGGAGCAGUGAGGAUGAGCGAUGAUGACUUGAUAUCGAUAUGCUCGACGCCGGUUCUACACUACCCUUACCACAUGCCUUGCUUCGCGUCACACGCCCGCUGUUACCUUUGUCUGCCUAGGGCCUUUUUGCUCCUUAUCUUUACCCUCCCCUACUCCCUCCACUCCCUCCUUGACUCCUGGACACUGGCAUUGGCACUGGUACUGGUCUCAGCUCACACGAUAUACCCUUCUUUCCGCGUCAUUAGUCAGUCUUGCAUUUGCAUUUGCGGGUAUUUGGGUUGGGGGCCAAAAAGACCUUUUGGAUAUUCUUGCGCGCAUUGUGGGAGUUUUUUGCCUGGAUUGGAAUGGAAUGGAAUGGAUUGGAACGUUCUAUUGCAUUGGUUGGAGUGGUAUGCAUGGGAUAUGAGAAAUAUGAUUUACCCUUUUUAUUCAUUCAUUCAAUUAUUGAUUCGGGGCGAGUGUGGUGAUGCUGUGAUGGGAUGGUG